CUCGGCAGUCUUCGGUCAGCACUCCCGCCGGAUCUGUCAAGUCGUGUAGUCCAUGUAGAAACAGCGCAGUGUCCAAGUGUUGUUGUGCCGUGUGUUUUGUUUUCUAAAUGUUUAUCUCAAGAUUUAGUCGUUAUCUACCGUCCUGCUAACGCGGCGCACGUCGUGGCUGCCGAUCCGAGUCCCCGAGUGCGGUGGGACGCGUGUGUGGAUGGUGUUUAGCCGACGCCGGACCUGAGUGUUGCCGGAAUCCAGAGCCUGCCUGUACGCUAUCAUGGCGGAGCCUGACACCAAAGUGGACCGGUCCGAUCCGGACCUGAAAUAUUUGUCAGUGGACAAAUCCGCCUUCAAUGACCCGGCCACGCAGGCCGAGUGGACACAGAAGAGACUGGUGUGGGUGCCGCACGAGAACCAGGGCUUCGUCUCGGCCGGCAUCAAGGGGGAGCGCGGCGAUGAAGUGGAAGUGGAGAUCGCGGAGACGGGCAAGAGGAUUUUCGUCGCCAAGGAUGACAUCCAGAAGAUGAACCCGCCCAAGUUCGACAAGGUGGAGGACAUGGCCGAGCUGACGUGCCUCAACGAGGCCUCCGUCCUGCACAACAUCAAGGACCGCUACUACUCCGGCUUGAUCUAUACGUACUCCGGCCUCUUCUGCGUGGUGGUGAACCCCUACAAGAGGCUGCCCAUCUACACGGAGAACAUCAUGGAGCGCUACAAGGGCAUCAAGAGGCACGAGGUGCCGCCGCACGUGUUCGCCAUCACGGACUCCGCGUACCGCUCCAUGCUGCAAGACCGAGAGGACCAGUCCAUCCUGUGUACCGGCGAGUCCGGCGCCGGCAAGACGGAGAACACGAAGAAGGUGAUCCAGUACCUGGCCUACGUGGCGGCGUCCAAGCCCAAGAGCUCCACAUCCCCCUACGCGCCACCAAGUCCUGCCCUAAUCAUCGGGGAACUCGAACAACAACUGUUACAAGCCAACCCCAUCCUGGAAGCCUUUGGUAAUGCCAAAACAGUCAAAAACGACAACUCUUCCAGAUUUGGUAAAUUUAUUCGAAUCAACUUUGAUGCAUCCGGAUUUAUUGCUGGAGCUAACAUUGAAACAUAUCUUCUUGAGAAGUCACGUGCCAUCAGACAAGCUAAAGAUGAGAGAACGUUUCACAUCUUCUAUCAAAUUCUCGCUGGUGCUACACCAGAGCAGAAAAAGGAAUAUAUUCUUGAAGAUGCAAAGAGCUAUCCCUUCCUGUCUCAAGGCAUGCUCGCUGUGCCUGGAGUGGAUGAGGUCGCCGAAUUCAGAUCCACCAUGAAUGCUAUGGGUAUCAUGGGCAUGACAGCUGAAGAUCUUUCUGCCAUUUUCAAAAUUGUUUCAGCUGUUAUGCUUUUUGGUAGCAUGCAGUUCAAACAGGAGCGUAAUUCAGACCAGGCUACCCUUCCUGACAAUACUGUUGCUCAGAAAGUAGCUCAUCUGCUUGGUCUAGGAGUCACAGAAAUGACCAAGGCUUUCCUGAAACCACGUAUCAAAGUCGGUCGUGACUUUGUAACUAAAGCACAGACUAAAGAGCAAGUUGAAUUUGCUGUAGAAGCCAUCUCCAAAGCAUGCUAUGAGCGCAUGUUCCGUUGGCUUGUAAAUCGUAUCAAUAGAUCUCUUGACAGAACGAAACGUCAAGGUGCAUCAUUUAUUGGUAUUCUGGAUAUGGCUGGGUUUGAAAUUUUCGAGUUGAACUCCUUUGAACAGUUGUGUAUCAAUUACACAAAUGAAAAGCUCCAACAGCUUUUUAAUCACACCAUGUUCAUCUUGGAACAAGAGGAGUAUCAACGAGAAGGUAUUGAGUGGAAGUUCAUUGACUUUGGACUUGAUCUUCAGCCCACAAUUGACCUCAUUGAUAAGCCCAUGGGUAUCAUGGCCUUGUUAGAUGAGGAAUGUUGGUUCCCUAAAGCUACAGACAAAACAUUUGUGGAGAAGUUAGUCGGUACUCAUAAUGUACAUCCUAAGUUCAUGAAGACUGACUUCAGAGGUCAGGCAGACUUUGCCAUUAUUCACUAUGCUGGUAAAGUAGAUUACUUGGCUGACAAAUGGCUCAUGAAGAACAUGGACCCACUCAAUGAAAAUGUGGUUUCACUUCUGCAAAACUCACAGGAUCCAUUUGUGAUGCACAUUUGGAAGGAUGCUGAAAUUGUUGGAAUGGCUCAGCAGGCCAUGACUGACACCCAGUUUGGAGCUCGUACUCGCAAGGGAAUGUUCCGUACUGUGUCACAACUGUACAAAGAACAGUUGGCAAAACUCAUGGUCACCCUCCGCAAUACAAACCCCAAUUUUGUUAGGUGUAUUAUUCCCAAUCAUGAGAAACGAGCUGGUAAAAUUGAUGCUCCUCUUGUUCUUGACCAACUGCGAUGCAAUGGUGUUCUGGAAGGAAUCCGUAUCUGCAGACAGGGCUUCCCCAACCGUAUUCCCUUCCAAGAAUUCAGACAGCGGUAUGAGCUUCUUACUCCUAAUGUCAUACCCAAGGGAUUCAUGGAUGGAAAGAAGGCUUGCGAAAAGAUGAUCACAGCCCUAGAGCUUGAUCCUAACCUUUUCCGUGUUGGUCAGUCAAAGAUUUUCUUCCGGGCUGGUGUUCUUGCUCAUCUGGAAGAGGAGCGUGAUUACAAGAUCACAGAUCUAAUUGUUAACUUCCAGGCCUUCUGCAGAGGAUAUUUGGCUCGGCGCAACUAUCAAAAGCGCCUGCAGCAACUCAAUGCCAUCCGCAUUAUCCAGCGGAAUUGCUCUGCAUACUUGAAACUCAGAAAUUGGCAGUGGUGGCGCUUGUACACUAAGGUGAAGCCUCUUCUGGAAGUGACAAAGCAGGAAGAGAAGCUGACUCAGAAAGAAGAUGAACUCAAACAGAUCCGUGAGAAGUUGGACAUGCAGCUGCGCAGUUCUCAGGAAUAUGAGAAAAGACUGCAGAAUGCGGUUGAAGAGAAAAAUGUGCUUGCUGAACAAUUGCAAGCUGAAGUAGAACUAUGUGCAGAGGCCGAAGAGAUGCGUGCUCGCCUUGCUGCAAGAAAGCAAGAGCUGGAAGAUAUACUGCAUGAAAUGGAAGCUAGAAUUGAAGAAGAGGAAGAAAGAUCAACCAAUCUAGGCAAUGAAAAGAAAAAGUUGCAGCUCAAUAUCCAGGAUCUAGAAGAACAAUUAGAAGAGGAAGAGGGAGCAAGACAGAAGCUUCAGUUGGAAAAAGUUCAGUGUGAUGCCAAACUAAAGAAGCUUGAAGAAGACCUAGCCCUUAGCGAUGAUACAAAUCAAAAACUUGUAAAGGAGAGGAAAAUUUUAGAAGAGAGAGCUUCAGACUUGGCCCAAACCCUAGCUGAGGAAGAAGAAAAAGCCAAGCACCUAGCAAAAUUAAAAGCCAAACAUGAAGCCACUAUUGCUGAGCUUGAGGAGAAACUUCUCAAGGAUCACCAACAAAGACAAGAAAUGGACCGCAGCAAGCGCAAAGUAGAGACUGAGGUAAACGAUUUGCGUGAGCAACUGAAUGAACGUAAGUCACAAGUAGAAGAGUUACAAUUACAAUUAGGAAAGCGUGAAGAAGAACUCACACAAGCCCUUAUGAAAAUUGAUGAAGAGGGUGCAGGCAAAGCUCAAUCUCAAAAAGCCCUCAGGGAGCUCGAGUCCCAGCUAGCUGAACUCCAAGAGGAUCUGGAGGUUGAAAAGGCAGCCCGCAGCAAAGCUGAGAAGCAGAAGCGCGAUCUUAAUGAAGAGCUGGAGGCUUUGAAGAACGAACUUUUGGAUUCCUUAGACACAACCGCAGCACAGCAAGAAUUAAGAAGCAAACGGGAGCAAGAACUAGCAACUCUGAAGAAGACCCUUGAGGAAGAAACUCAGUUACAUGAAGUAUCCAUUGCUGAUAUGAGGCAUAAACAUAGCCAGGAAGUAACAAGCAUUAAUGAACAAUUAGAAGUCUUAAAGAAGACCAAAGCGCAGCUUGAAAAGGUCAAACAGUCACUAGAAGCUGAAAAUGCUGACCUUGCCACCGAGCUGCGUUCUGUUGGUGCUAGUCGUCAGGAAUCAGAAAGGCGUAGGAAACAAGCUGAGGGUCAACUUGCCGAAAUGCAAGCAAAGGUUGCUGAAGUUGAUAGAGCCAAAGCAGAGCUUGCUGAACGUGCUGCCAAACUUCAGGCUGAAGCAGACUCAAUUAAUGCACAACUGGAAGAGGCUGGUCUUAGGGCCAGUGCUGCUGUAAAGAGUGCCACCACAAUGGAGACUCAGCUCCAAGAGGCCCAAGCCCUGUUGGAGGAAGAAACUCGCCAAAAACUAGCCCUUAGCUCUCGCCUUCGUCAAAUUGAAAGCGAAAAAGAAGCACUCCAUGAGCAGUUCGAAGAAGAGGAAGAAGCAAAGAAGAACUUAGAGAAGCAGGUUAUUGCCCUAACACAACAGGCUUUAGACCUGAAGAAACGUGCCGAUGAGGAAGCUGAACAAGUGUUGCAGCUUGAGGAGAGCAAGAAGAAAAUCGCCAAGGAUAUUGAAGGUCUCCAGAGACAAGUUGAAGAGCUGCAGGCAGCCAAUGAUAAACUUGACAAGUCCAAGCGCAAGCUACAGGCUGAAUUGGAGGAUGCCAACAUUGACUUGGAAACUCAACGUGCUAAAGUCCUAGAGCUUGAAAAGAAGCAGCGUAACUUUGAUAAGGUUCUUGCUGAAGAGAAAGCGAUAUCUGAGCAGCAUGCUGCCGAGAGGGAUACUGCUGAGAGGGAAGCUCGGGAGAAGGAAACGAGAGUCCUUUCCUUGACUCGGGAGCUGGAGGACCAGAUUGAAAAGAUCGAGGAGCUUGAGAGAGUUAGGAGGCAGCUGCAGGCUGAACUAGAUGAAUUAGCCAAUAACCAGGGAACAGCAGAUAAAAAUGUACAUGAGCUGGAGAAAGCCAAGAGAGUAUUGGAGAGCCAACUGGCUGAGCAAAAGGCCCAGAAUGAAGAACUAGAAGAUGAAUUGCAAAUGACUGAAGACGCUAAGCUGAGAUUGGAAGUCAAUAUGCAGGCACUGCGUGCUCAGCUUGAGCGUGAGCUGCAGGCCAAGGAAGAGCAAGCUGAAGAAAAGCGUAGAGGUCUCAUCAAGCAGCUUCGCGAUCUCGAGGCAGAACUUGAGGACGAGCGAAAACAGCGUGCUGCUGCUUUGGCUUCCCGCAAGAAGCUGGAGGCAGACUACAAAGACAUGGAGCAGCAACUUGAAAUGCACAAUAAGGUCAAGGAGGAUGCUCUGAAGCAAUUGAAGAAACUACAGGUGCAAGCCAAGGACAGCGCCCGCGAUGCUGAGGAGGCCCGUGCUGCUCGGGAUGAGCUUGCCACUGUCGCCAAGGAAGCUGAGAGGAAGUUGAAAUCCCUUGAAGCGGAGAUGCUGCAGAUGACCGAGGACCUCGCAAGCACCGAGAGGGGGCGACGAGCUGCUGAAGCUGAGAGAGACGAACUUCAAGAGGAAAUCAACAACAGUGCCAACAAGGGUACUUUGCUGGUGGAUGAGAAGAGGCGGCUGGAGGCUCGCAUUGCCACUCUAGAGGAAGAAUUGGAGGAGGAACAGGGUAAUUCAGAGAUCCUCAUGGAUAGGGCACGAAAGGGACAGAUCACAAUUGAACAGCUCACAACAGAUCUGGCGGCUGAGCGUUCAACUACACAAAAGUUGGAAAGCCAUCGUAUGUUGUUGGAACGCCAGAACAAGGAACUCAAGGCUAAGCUGACAGAAAUGGAGACUAACCAGAGAACCAAAACAAAGGCCACCAUUGCUACACUUGAGUCGAAAAUUAACAAUCUGGAAGAGCAGCUUGAUAAUGAAACUAAAGAACGGUUUGCUCAACAGAAAAUGAACCGUAAACUUGACAAGAAACUGAAGGAGUUGGCCAUGCAGCUUGAAGAUGAACGAAGACAUGCUGACCAAUACAAGGAGCAAGUGGAGAAGGUAAAUACCAAGGUUAAAAUGCUCAAGCGGCAGAUUGAGGAAGCUGAAGAAGAAAUUGCCCGAGAGAAGAUUCAGAAGAGGAAAGCACAGCGGGAAAUGGAAGACAUGAUGGAAUCGCAUGAGUCCAUGUCACGAGAGGUUACCAAUCUUAAAAAUAAGCUACGACGAGGUGGUACUGGCACCAGCAUUAGUGGUCUGGUCGGUUCGAGACUUAGUGGAGCUAAACGAGGUUCUCUUCCAACUGGUGGGGCAGAUGACUCAAUGGCUCAGGAUGAGUCUAUUGAUGGGGAAGAAUCUGCCAAUUAGAUCAGCUAUUCAUUGUUUCUUAUGAAUCUUAAUACCUCUUGAAGUAACUACUAAAUGCUACUGUGAGAACAUUUGGUUCAAGUUUGCUGCCAUAAGUUGUUAAUAUUGGAGUGUUCCAAAACUUGGAACAUUCUUGUAAACACUGCGCUGUGCUGCAGAUGUAGUAUUAUAUCUUUUUAUACCACUUGGUUUCUUUUAUAUAAAACUGGAAAGUAUAGUGACUGAUGUGCUCUGGUGUGGAUCGCCAGCCUUGUCUUCCUUGGUGCCUCAUGUACGCUGUCAUAAUUAUUGUGGUUCAAUCCACAGCAUAUUUUUGUAUGAUUUCAUUCAUCAACAUACUUGUUUCAGUUGUGCAUUUGUAGAUAGGUUAAGGUUUUAACCAUGAAUGAGAAGAUAAGUCUUGCAAUUAGCUAAAUUGCCUUGUUUCUCUUAUUAUGGCACGUUCACAUAAUGACAGUUAUGUGGAUAGUCUUGUCACAUACAAUACCAUGCAUGAUGUUUAAACACUGAACUUAUCCAAAGGGAUUCUUCUUAAUGGUUUGUUACUUACAAUGGCAUUUUCUAUGACUGACCAUGCUGUAAGAGUCUUAAUUACAUUAACUUAUUGAAUCAUGUUUAAAGUAAUAAGAGAUCUGAAGUUGGUGUGUGGAGUUACAGUACAUUCCCCCGGUUUUGGGCUUCACUUUUUAAAAUGUCAUUCCAAAACAAUCGAAUGAAAGAUAGUUUUGAUGCUGAGUUAGCUUUUGUUAAACUAACACUAUUAAAUUAUUUUAAUGUAUUGUGAAUCAAUUUUGCAAUUCAGAAUAACCAUGAUCUGGAGGACCAGUUAUUGAAAGAGACUGCCAUGUUUUUUUUUUUUUGUUUGUUUCUUUUUUAAAAAGUCAAAUAUAGUUAGCAAGGUGCUUAUUUAGCAUUGACAUCUUAACUUGCAGCUAGUUUUGAAAAUACCUUGUGAGACUUCUCAUGUUGCCGUGUGCUGUGCCAUUGGUUGCAGUGUGGAGGUUCAAGGUGGUGUACAAGUACACAUUAGUAUUUGCACAUGUAAUUUGGGACUGUCAUUUUUCUGUCUGAUUCUGCAUCUUAAAGACUUAAUCACAUGUCUCUCAGUUCCUUUCCUGUUUCAAAGCUGGAAAUUCAGCAUUGUGUCCUACCCUUCGGGCUCAACUGAUGCAAUUUUAGGUAUUUUUAUCAUGUGUUAUUUUAUGAUCAGAAAUACUUGAAACUAACCAAUUUUGUGGUCUUGUCUGUGUUGUAUUAAAAUGUGUAUAAAUUGUUUUAGAUAUUUUCAAAAUGUUUUAACUCUUUAUGUGUAUGUGGUGUAGUAUUUGUCUACCAACAUUUUUAAAAGUUAAUAUCUUGAUAUAGGCUGCAAAUCAAUGAAUGAAUGAGUGAAUGUGAAAUUGUUAAAAGUUGUGUAUGUGAGAGUGAUAGAGAAUUGUAAAUAAUUAAAUGAUUUAUAACCAUAACCGGAUAAAAUUGAUGUAAUUACAAAUGAAAUGUCUUACAGGUAUGGGUUAUGAAGUCUGGCUUUCUAAUAAAUUCAAUGUGAAGUCAGACUCUGUCCCUGAUUUCAUCUGAAAACCAUUGUUUCUGAAUAAACCUGACUUUAUUAUGAA